CUAAGGAAGGGGGGAAAAUAUAUAUUUCUUCAAAUUUUGAGUACACUUGAACAAAAAUGUAUAACGAUCUUCCUUUUUCAUUGCAAUUCAAGUUGCAUUUUUAUAGGGAAAAGGAAAGGUUGUGAACUUGAGUUUAUAAUCAAAUUUUGUUAAUUGAUGGAAUAGAUUGAAUUACUUAUAUAUUUGAAUAUUCAAGAAUUGAUAUAAGGGCGAGUUCUCUUUUACAAUAGUUGUUUGCAAACUAGAAAUUGUGGCAGUGGUAGUUAGUUAAACAUUCACCAAAACUUUUCCUUCACUUGGACUUGGGGCUGAUUCCAACUAACUUGAUAUAAUUGAAGAGAUGGACUACGAGAUUGCGGGCUUAGUUAUGGCUUUGCUAUUAUGGGCGGCGGCAUGGGCGUUGCUGGCCCAGCGCACACGCCGCCUACAGGAAGAGCUAGGGAGGCUGCCGCCGGGGCCACGGCCCUGGCCGGUGGUGGGAAACAUUUUCCAGCUGCUAGGGGCCGCUUUUGCCCCACACCAGUCAUUUGCCAAAUUGGCCAAAAAACACGGUCCCGUGAUGACACUCCAUCUGGGCUCCAUGACCACGGUGGUGAUCUCCUCCAGCGAGGCGGCCCGCGUCAUGUUCAAGAACCACGACGUGGUUUUGGCGGGAAGGAAGAUAUACGAAUCGAUGAAGAGCGAGAUUGGCAACGAGGGCUCGCUCAUCACAGCCCAGUACGGCCCACGCUGGCGGAUGCUGCGGCGACUCUGCACGACCGAGUUCUUCGCGGCGGCCCCCCUGGACGCCAUGCGCGGUGUCCGGGCCAAGUGCGUCCAUCAAAUGGUGCAGUACAUAAGAGACGCGGCCGCCAACGGGCUUGGUAUUGAUGUCGGGAGAUUCUUCUUCUUGAUGGCGUUUAACCUCAUCGGGAACCUGAUAUUCUCAAAGGAUUUAUUGGACCCGGAAUCGGAAACGGGAGCAAAGUUCUUCUACCACGCCGGAAAAGCUAUGGAGUUCGCCGGAAAGCCGAAUGUCGCCGAUUUCUUACCGAUGCUAAAACGGGUUGACCCGCAGGGGAUACGGCGGCGGACCCAAUUUCACGUGAAACGGGGAUUUGACAUUGCUGGAGAGUUCUUGAAAGAGAGAAUGGAGAAGGGAUCGUCUGUUGAGAAGAAGAGAAGAGAUUACUUGGACGUGCUGUUGGAAUAUGGGGGUGAUGGUGAGGAAGAGCAUGUUGGUUUCGCUCCAACAACCAUCAAUAUCAUCGUCUUUGAGAUGUUCUCGGCGGGGACAGACACCACCACCAGCACACUAGAGUGGGCGAUGGCGGAGCUCCUCCACAACCCUCAAACCCUCCACAAAGUCCAGGCCGAGCUCCGAACCGCAAUCCCACCUGGAAAAAAACUUCAAGAAGAAGACUUGGAGCACCUCCCGUACCUGAGAGCAGUCAUCAAAGAAACGCUCAGACUGCACCCACCCCUCCCCUUCCUCGUCCCCCACAUGGCCAUGGAUUCUUGCAAUAUGCUGGGCUUUCACGUACCCAAGGAAACCCAAAUUCUUGUAAACGUUUGGGCAAUCGGGCGGGACCCGAAAACCUGGAAAGACCCGUUGGAGUUCAGACCCGAGAGGUUCUUGGACCCUGACAUGGCGGCGGAUUACAAGGGGCGCCAUUUUGAAUUCAUACCAUUCGGAUCCGGGCGGCGGAUCUGCCCGGCUUUGCCCCUGGCCUCUCGCCUGAUGCCGCUGACGUUGGGCUCAGUGCUCCACGCCUUUGAUUGGGUUUUGGCCGACGGACUCAAACCGGCGGAAAUGGAUAUGAGGGAGAGAAUGGGAAUUACACUGAGAAAAGCUGUUCCGGUGAAGGCCAUACCCGUUCCUUAUGUAUGUUUAUAAAUAAAAUGGAAGUUGUUUUGUAAAUUUGAAUUAUGUGUAAAAUAAAACAUGCAAUAAACACAUGGAGAAUAGAAACAUUGUAAUUUUGGCCAUGUAAUUACGAUAUGGUAUUAUUAGUCGUGUACGAAUCUAUUUUAUCGAUUGUAUUUUGUAAUUUCAAAAAUUUAAAGGACCA